CAGCGCUGGCCUGCGAUAUGGACCUCGGUCUGAUAGAAGAACUGUUUUAUGAAGCUCUCGAGGAAACCAAGAAAGCAAGUAUUCUCAUCCUCUGUCCGGGUUACCGGAUACUUCGGAUCAUCGAGAAGGGGAUACAUAAAGUGCUGUCGGAGAACUCACACCAGCUGGCAUCAGGGAAACUUUAUGUUUCCCUCACGCGGCUGUCUGACUUGCAGAACGUCAUUGUGUCGGAGUACAGGUCGAACGAGGAGCUGGUGCAGGCAUUAAUCUGUAGCUGCUUCCUUCCUGUCAUCUGUGGCUGGAGCCCUCCCUCCUUCAGAGGCGUGCGUUACGUUGAUGGAGGUAUGACGAACAUGCAGCCUGGCUCUGACUCAGAAACCAUCAUCACAAUAUCCCCUUACACUGGAGAAGUCGACAUCUGCCCCCGGGACUGUCCUGCCUAUUUCAGCUGCAUCAACUUCUUCCGAAGCACCUUCCAGCUCUCAUCUGAGAACUUGAGCAGGCUCAGUUAUAGUAUUUGCCCACCCAGUCCUCCAGUGCUACACGAGUUUUAUCUCCAAGGAUACCAUGAUGCUGUUUUCUUCCUACAGAGGCACAGGGAGAACUGGACAAAAAAUGGAAUGGACAAGAAAACUCUGCAGCAGACACCUCUGCAUUGUGACAAAGGUACAGAAUCUGUGUUUCUUCUCUCCUGAGUAACAUUACGCUGGCAAUAUCAAAUUUAAACAUAUAUCCCCAAGUCCCAGAGGUGUAGCCGUGUUAGUCUGUAUCUGCAAAAACAACAAGGAGUCCUGUAGCACCUUACUCCAGUGUUCAGCAUAGCAAACGAAAUCAAAGGUAAAUAAGGUCUCUGCCUAAAGACAUUUCUAGCGUUAGACAAAGCAUAAAUAAAGGAAGAGAUGUAACAAAGGUGAUAGGAAUUGGGUUAUUUAAACAUAGCAAGUCUUGUUACUGCCAGAUUCAAUAGUAGCUUAGAUUCUGGUCUAUUAAAGGCACAGGCUACAGAACCAUGGUCCAGAAUUGAAUUCAAGAUUCUAUUUUUGUUUGAAAAAGAAGGUUGGUGCCAAUCCUCAUGGUUGAGAAUCCCAUCUUAAAAACUUAAAAUCAACUGAAUGGAAACCCAAACUGAAGUGUGUUCCUGAAUCUGAAACUGGAAAAAAAUAGCUGUUUCAUAUUAACCCAUUCAACUCAUGACACUGCUUAAACUUACCAGCAUUAGUUAUUUCACAGGCUUUAUUAUUGUUUUAAAACCUUCCAGCUAGUGUGUUUAUUCCAUAAUCACAUGCAGCAUUUGGCAUUUAUUGCACUUUCACCAAAAGCCUCCAUUUUUAAAUAUGAAUAAAGAGGUCACAGAGGGUGUGUCUAGACUACAGUUUGUUUGUUUUUUUAAAAGUGGCCUUUUUUAGAAAGCAAAACAAAACAAAAAACCUUCCCUGCAUCUAGGCUGCCAGCAUGCUCUUUCAAAUUAAAUCGAAAGAACACAACAGUUUUUUCGACCGCAGUAAACCUCAUUUUAUGAGGAAGAACACCUUUUUUCGAAAGUGCUCUUUUGAAAAAAGGCGUUAUUGAAUGCAAACAGGGCUUUUUUGAAAGAGAGCCUCCAGACUGCCUGCUUGCUUUUUCAGAAGUACUGGUUGUAGUCUAGACACUUUUUCAAAAGUAUCUCUCGAAAAAGCCUCUUUCGAAAGAGGUUUGCAGUCUAGUCUUAGCCAGAAUUACCAGUCAUAGGAUCAUAAGACUGGAAAGGACCUUAAUAGGUCUAGUCCAGUGGUUCUCAAGCUUUUUUCAUUUGCAGAUCCCUAAAAAGUUUCAAAUGAAGAGGAGAACCCCUCUGGCAGUCUGCAGGUUAAGAACCAUUGAUCUAGUCCACUCUCCUGCACUCAAGACAGGACUAAACUACUAAGCCAAUCAUGACAGGUGUUUGUCUCUAGCCUGUUCUUAACCUCCUGUGAUGGGUUUUAUACAGAAUAUCUUACUGCCCCUGUAUAAAACUAUGGUACGCCCACAUCUUGAAUACUGUGUACA